CAAGUUGACAAUCUAUUCGUCAAGUGGAACUAGCAUCUAAUGGGAGCACCAAAAUUCAACUGAUAUCUCUUCCAAAACCCAUUUUGUGCAAUGAAUAGAUGCCUCCCACAUUGUGUUUACCCCACAUUUUAUUUCAUAGCAUUAAAAUAAACGACAUAGUUCACCCUAUGGAAGAAGAAAACUUUGGAAAAGUGGAGACUCAAUGCAUAAUUAGCAAUCUAUAAUUAAUAAAAUAACAUGGCAUUCAAACCACAUCAAAAUGAUCAUAGUAUCUCAUUGACUAUCACAUCCUUCAUAGUCAUUACACUAGCCACCCUUGAUCAAGUGAAUUUCCUAGGUUCCAAAGCAGUCAAAAUAUACAUCACAACACAUAUAUAUUUCCAACCAGCAAUUAUGGUCGACGAAAACGAUUCGUCAUAGAAAUUUGAGAGAUGUUGUUUAAGUACCCAUAGUGCCCUCUUUUUCAAAUAACGACAAUGUCGUUUAAUUAGUACCACAGUGUCCCUUUUUCAACGAACGGUAAUGGUGUCACAAAUUAGUAUAAGAAUAAAUUGUUAGAAAUUGAGACAAAGCUUGGUUAAUGGAAACAAAAAAUUAAACAAAAUGGAUGAUCAUACCCUGUAUCCCCAGACUGAAACAUGACUUACACACCAGUUCCACCAGACUUAUGUUCAUGACUAUCUCUAUGUGUACUUCUAUUUAUUACUAAACUCCUGUUGGAAUUCAAUUGACGCCGCCUAUUGGUUCAUCCCCUUCAUCCCUUCCGAUUAAAACUACAUUCAUCCCUUCACAAUUAAACUACAACGAUGGUACAUACAGACGAUUGGCCUAUGAUUUAUUGAAUUAAAGGGAGAAAUCAUAAGUAUGAGGUUAAUUGAUGCAAUGUACACUUGAAUCAAAAUUAAUCGUCCUUCUAUGUUAUGUCCCUCUUUGAAUCGGAGUUCAUGAAUCCAAACAAACGUCGAACGGAUGUAAAACUGAAAAAUUGAGAGAAAUAAAUGAUUCGAUUUAUGAAAAAUAGUACACUAUAAUCAUUUAUCUAGGACCACGAAUCAUCCUUUUUUAUGAACAAUCAAUCAAUCAAUUAAAUUUUUUGCAGAGAUAAUGAUUCCCAAAAUAUUCUUAGUCAUAUUUGGUUCGGUUGCUCAUUGACGGAUUUGGUUCAGGUACCCGCCGCCAAAUUUUGAUCAGUCGCACUCCUUCGGAUUUGCUUCAGUCGAACGCCGCUGGUGGAGAACUGGAUAACUUGAAGAGGAGGGAGGAGAAUCGCCUUAACCACUGACGACAGAGACCGUCGACUGAGCGUCGCUUGCUGCGGUCGGUAUUUAGUUCUCGGUAAAAUGUUGUUCGAUUUUGGGAAAGUACCAUUCCCAUUUUUCUAUUUCGACUCUUUUUUUAGUAAGGAUAGAUAUAUAUUGGAGACGAUUUUCACACAUAUAUUUAUUUAAUUAAAUUUGAAUGUUAUAUAUAUUUUUUGGUUGGUGAAUGGGAAUAUAUAGGGUAAAUAUAAUUUUUUUAUGUUAUCUUCCUAAUAGCAUCUAGUUCCUUAAUGUAGGUAUAACAUCAAUUGAUAAAUCCUGGAUACAAUUGAAGAAUCGGGCAUCUAUGCAAUGUAUGGAUGGAGUUAGUAAGUUCACAGAAUACGCAAAGGACAAUGUAAAACGAAGAUGGUAAAGUUAGGUGUACUUGCACGGUUUGUUCCAACAUCUGCAGAUUGAUGAUUGGAGAGGUAGAGAUGCAUCUUCUUCGUAAAGGGUUACGAAGCGACUACACAAAGGGGAUUUACCAUGGGGAGGGAGAUCAAAAAGAUGAAGACGAAGAUGAAGAAGAUGAUGAGAUUGAAGAUGGGAAUGGUAACGGUGAUGUCAAUAUGGACUUGAAUGACAUGCUCGGUGUUCUGAAUAAUCUCUUACCUCCACAAGUCGAUCCUGAACCUUAAGAACCUAACGAGGAAGUCCAGAAGUUCUACAAAGUUUUUGGAGAAGCAAAAUCACCGUUGUAUGAAAGUUGUGAUCCAAAGUUGUCGAGAUUAUCAUGCAUCGUCAAGUUUAUGAACAUGAAGCAGUUGAACAACUGAACUGAUCAUUCUUUUACCGAGUUGUUGAAAUUCAUUCAGAGCGCAUUUCCUAUGGCGGAGUCAUUGUCAAAAAAUUACUAUGCAGCAAAGCAUUUAAUGUAGGGUCUUGGGCUACACUACGACGAAGUACAUGCAUGUGUGGAUGACUGCGUCAUAUACGGCGAUCUGGCCCAUCAUGCGAGAAGUCAAGGUACAAGAAAGUUUACGAUGAUAAGAAGGGAAGAGUGUAGAAAAUUUCGUUCAAAGUUUUACGGUAUUUUCCCAUCAAGCCCGACUACAGAGAUUAUUCAUGUCUUGUAAAACUGCCGAAGACAUGGUUUGGCAUUCUGGACACCGUUCUAAAGAAGGGACAUUAAGGCAUACUGUUGACUGUGAGGCUUGGAGUACUUUGGACAAGUACGAUCCAACUUUUGGUGAUGAAUCCUGAAACAUAAGGUUUGGACUAGCUACCAACGGAUUCAACCCAUUCGGUAAUAUGAAGAGAACGCAGAAUACGUGGCCAGUUCUUCUAUUCCCGUAUAAUCGCCCUCCCUUACUUUUUUCCACUUUUUGCGAUGGAACUUUUUCCCAUGACGACCAACGAACGUAUUCCAUCGUAACAAGUAUUUUCCAAUGAAAAAGGUACGCCAAUCGUCUGGUCAUGCCUGACUGUCUUUUUUACAGUGUCACCACAUGUUAUGAUUAAGGAGGUUGUGAACCCUACUCCUGGAUAAAAAGCAGGCUACGAACCCCACUCCUAGGUAAUAAGGAGGUUAUGAACCCUACUCCUGGGUAAUAAGAUCAUGUUUAAGUACGUCGAUGAUCGUGGUGGUGUGCUAGUUAAGCUGAGCUCAGGGCCCCCUUUCAUAAGAAGUCAUAAGAAUAUCCAUUUCAACGAAAAUUGUUUAUAAGUUACGUAAACAUUUUCAUGCACGAGCAUCGCCUGAGCAUUUGCACUCAUGUUGGUUCAAUUUUGUGUAUUAUGUCAAGAAUGGAAUUAGGAUUAGGAUAGACCCCAACGACCGCAUUCAGGAAUUAUAGAAGCACAUAAGCACGUAUAUGGAUUCAGCGGUUCGUGACAAAGAGAUAUGGCUUUUAUGAACUCCAUGAGGAAGAAGUUUAAUUCAGUACUUGAUGAGACAUGAGAUUUGAUGUCAUUUUAAGAUGGACUUUUAUAAAGCAAAUAUUUCAAGGUUGUUCAUGUUUUCAACAUUUUUUUGGGGUAAAAACUGUGACGCUUAAGAGCGCAUCUGCCUGGCACUUAAAUUAAACGAUUAUGAGAAAUGCGCAUAGAGUCAUACAUGAUCCAAAAAUUAAGACUCGGAUAUGAGGUAUCAAUAACAUGAACACCUAAGUUAAGCGAGUGACUCUUAUUAGCUAAAUAAUCAGCCGCCUUAUUACAUUCCUAAUAGAUAUGAGAGAUUUGAAGCUCCCAGUUUUGGUGAGAGAGAUCCUGAAAUUCCGUCACAAGAUUAUAAUACAUCGUGCCUCCAAGGUUUUUGGUUGUCAGAGUACGAUAAGCUACCAUGGAGUCCAAGUUGAGAAUUACCUUAGUGUGCCCUUGUUGACGUGCAAGUUUGAUCCCAAGAAUAGCUCCUUUGAUUUCACCUCUUGUAAUCGUGCAGGUUCCUAAGUAUGCUACAAAAGCUCCCAAACACUUGCCUUGGUCCUUCCUUAAUAGUCCUCCAGCCGAUGCAACUAAUUGUGGUUGGUUGACAGAUCCAUCAGAAUUGAUGACAAACCAACCUUGAGGUGGGUUACUCCAAGCUAGUUCCUAUGCAUAGAUUUCUUAAGAAUGGUAGUUUACUCGCUAAAACACAACUCCUAAAAAUGGUCGAGUGUAACCAAUGAAAGAGACAGAAGUAU